AUGGGAGUUUGUACCUCUUAAAGUUAGCCAAAGAAAGUAAAAGAACAUAAACAUCAAUCUGUAACCUUGCCACCUCAGUAGCCACUAACUACAAGGGAACAAAAAACGGUUACUAUGUAAUGUUAAGAGCAAACUUCGAUUCAAAGAAUUACAACACCAGUUCGUCGUGUUUCACCCAAUCAAGCGACAACUCCAGCCAAAAAGGCAUCACCAAAUCAAGCAACCACUCCAGUUUAAAGGGUUUCUCCGUCUCUGCACUCAACCCCAAAAACAAUGAUUGUCUAAUCAACAUAAUAACAAGAGAAAGCCAGGAAUGGAUCUCUAUUGAAUAUUCCUAUGUAAAGAGUGAGCACCAGACCAGGAUCAAAAUCCAUCCAAUCCCCAGCAUCCAGAAAAUAUUCAAUUGUCUCUGGAUAGAGUCAUCACAAUAACCAAAGCAAAACGGUCAUGCAACACAAUGAAACUGGACAACUCGUACUAGUUGAAAUGCUCAAAUUUGAGAAUAGAAAUCAACAAUACAUUGAUAUGCUUGAUGAACUUCUAUUGAACCACAUGCACAUUAUUAAGAUUGUAGACAUUCACGUUGAUUCCCAUAAAAGAAGUUAUCAGGUGGUUUAUGAACAUUGUCAAGGUGGAACACUCUCCAAAUUUCUAGAGUCUAACAAAUUGGAAUACCAAACCAUCGGAUCUAUAUUUUAUCAAAUGGUAGAGGCCUUGGCAUAUGUUCAUCAAUUAGGCUACAGUCAUGAUGAAUUGACCAUUGAUAGUUUCUCAGUCUUUGAUGAUUCCUCCACUCCCUUCAUCAAACUAUCUGACAUCAGAAGCAUCUAUUAAUUUAUGUAUCCUAAGAAUUCUCUUCUUUAUGAACCACCAAACUCACCUAAUCAUCAUCAUCACAACAGAGAUACUGGCAAACUCUAAAGCAUUCAAACAAAAAACAGAAGUUAAUCCAAUGACAUCUGGGCUUUGGCCAUAAUUGCCUUACAAUUGUUAAAUCAGUAAUUUCCUUUUGAAAUCGAAGAAAUCAGCAAAUUCAAACCAGAAAUAACCUAUGCCAAACAGGCAUUAGACGUCUAUCCUUUAUUGUUUGAAAUGCUUCAUCAUAACCCUAGUGAGAGAUUGACUCUGGACAAAUGCUUGCUUCACCCUUAUUUACUUAAUAUGAAGUAGAUUCAAGCCAAGGACUACUUGUAACCCUUUACGAAUAUCACCAAAUGCAAGAAUAUGACCUAUCUACACAAAUGUCUCUUUCGAUAUCUUCUAUCCAUAUAUGCGACUGAUCACUUGAAGGUACUUACCAAACUAUUCACCAAUGCAGACCUCGACAAAGAUGGUAAAUUAAAUGAGCAAGAAUUAAAUCUACUCUUCAACGAAAAACCUGAAGAGUACUCUCUUAAUAUUUCCGAUUUUGUUGACAUAACUCUGGACGAUUUUCUAUUAUUGGCUGCCGAUAAAUAGUUUGUGCUUACAUAGGAUUGUCUCAUGUAAAGUUUUAAGGUUUUGUCAAAAUCCUAUGGUUACAUAACACCAAAAUUAAUUUGUAAGGUGAUUGCAGAUUGUGAUGAGGCUAGGCUGCAACAAGACUUUGAUACUUUUAACUUAAAUUAUGCAUUUUAAUUAAAGGAAUACGAGGAGUUUCUCGCCAAUUACCAAUCUCCUAAGUCGAUUGUUUGA